AGCAGCAGAGGGUGGUCGGAUAUUGAGCGACGCCGGGCGUCGCGGCGCAGCGUGCAGGCCAGUUGCCCACCAGCCACCGCCCCAGAUACGACCCGAGCGACACUUCCGGCGUGCCUCACUCUUCUCCCGGUCCUCUUCUCGUCCUUCCAGCCUCUUCGUCCUCUCUUCUUCGCGCCUCCCUCAGCCGUGCGCGUCCGGCUCGUCGUCGCCGUUGAUUCCCGCCCGCGAGACAAUCCCGAAACAACAAGCCCGCGAACGAAAGCGACAAUAUGCUGAUCGGUCUCGUGCGCGACUCGGUGCUCCAGUGCUUCUGUCACAGCUGCAAGGCCCCGCUGGGCGUCGUAGCCGGAUCGAGAAGGAAUAACGCGCCCUUCAAGAAGCCCAACGGCAAGGGCAAGCCGCGGACCAAGCAGCCGAAGAAGGUGAAGUUCAUCACAACCGAGAUUAGAUGCCAGGAGAAGUCCAAGGGUGGGCUGUGCUACGAGGUGAUCUUGGCGGAGCCGACGGUGCCUAAGAGGGCGCCGUCGCCGCCGCAGACGACCCCGACCCAGCAGACCGCGAUCGAGGACAAGCUGAGGGCCGCCGAGGAGCGGAGACUGUCGCUGGAGGCGCACAAGCUCGCCGCCCUCGCUACCAAGCUCAGCAAGAUCGAGGAGGCGUCUCGCAAGAAGGAUGAACUUAGCGCGGCCUUCAUCGCCGCCACCCGCGAGUCCUUGGACGCGAAGAUGAAUAACACGGAGGAGAAGCGAGAGGCUCACAUCGCCGAGCUGAAGAGCAAGCUGAAGGAGCAUUUGGAGAGCGUCGAAAAGACUCGCCUGAGUCUCGAGCAGCAAACCGAGGAAGUUCGAUGCGCCGUCGAGGAGAAGCUGAAAACCGCCGCGGCCCAACGUGACGAGAACAUCAAGAGGAUGCUGGAUCGUCUCAAGGAGCAUGAGGAGCAAGUGGCUCGCGUACGCCAGGGAAUGUCGGAACGCGUGCAGCAGUUGGAGUCCCAAAUUCAGGGCAAGCUGGAGCAGGCACGUGAACGUCGCGAAACCAUCGAGCGCGAGCAGAAGGAGAAGCUGCGCAAUCAUAACACGGUGAAGAUAGAGAAAGUGCGUCAGACGGCGGCGAGAGAGAUCCUGGUGAAAAAGUUCGAGUUCGACAAGAGGGUGUCGACCGCGGAGCUGAAUCGGCAGCGAGAGAUCCAACGCCGCGUGCAGGCAAUUCGCCGCCACCAUGAGAGGCGCGCCGAGAUCGUGAGACAGAACAAGGCCGCCCUGGAUCGCCAGGACGGCAAUCACGCGGACGCGCCGCAGCCGGUCGUUCUGCCAGUGGAGAACGAGACUGCCAGCUCCGGCUAAGUAUCGCGCCCACGUCAAGGCCGCGCCCCUCCAGGCGCGCCCAGCAAGGCUCCGUUUCGCUUUGUGCCAUUAUUUUCUGACUCGAAGUAAAACGGGAGGUCGAUCGCGCACUGCAUCCUGUCCGCAUUUCGAGCAGGAAGAGAGAAGAGUGUGACCCGUGUCACGUGUCUCCCUUCCGAUUUCUCGAGAGAUCGCGCGGACGAUACUGCCUUUCGUCACGAUAUUCCCACUUCGGCAACGUUACGCAUAGUCCGCACGGUUCUUUGAAUUUUAGCGGGAGAGAGCGAGCGAGGUGAUUCCGACAGAUUGUUGCGAAAGUUUGGAUGUUGGAUACGGCGAUCUUGGAUAUUCCUGUCGGCCCACAGGCCUCGGGGAAUCCGAGGAUGCAACGAUCCCAAUUCGGAAACUUCGAGUGGCAUCUUCAAGAUUGAUACUUGAGGAUUAACAGAUUCAGGAUUUUUUAGGGAAGCCGAGAGAGAAACUUGAUUUUUUUUAUUAUUAUUCAAGGAUCUAAGAUUGAGAAAGAUCUAUGUACCUCGAAAUCAAAAUGCCUAAAAGCCGAUGUGGAAAUUAAAAAUUCUUGAAGUGACGGAAAUUUUUUUAUUUUUUCUAGUACAAUAUAACGUUGCAAGUUGUACAAAAUCAGAAGAACUUUCACAGCAACCUGAAGAAUUUUUCUAGAAAAAAAAAAGUAACAGCCAUUUUAUCACACAAAGAAUAAGUUCGAAGAAGCUGAAAUGAAAUUUAAAGCACCCUUGAAAGGUUCAAAGCGACGAUGAAUCAAAUACGUUUAUCCGAAAUAUCUGGCAAGUCGCAUCUGUUGGUAUUGAGAGAUAUAUUAAAUUUCUAUUUUCCGUUUUCCAUUUCCAAAAAAAGAUUUACUCGAAAGCAUUUCUUUUGUUUCCAAGACGCGAUUUUCUAAAAUUGUGUUUUUCCCUUGAAUUUUCUAAUAUUUAGUACGAGAGAAGGAAAGAAUCAAGACAAGAUCUAUGAAAAAUACUUUAAUAUAUUAGAAAUACAAAAAUACUCUCUCUCGUUUGUGUUAAACGUAAUCUUUUUUAUUUAUUAAGAAAUAACUUUUUUUUUUUUUUUUUGGUUCUAUUCGUGUUAUCGCGCUAUUUUAAUCUUGUCGUCGAAUCAAGACGAAGAGAAAUUUCGAUGACAGCUACGAUCGAUUAACCGUGAUUACCGAAUAGUCAUUUUGAAUCGCAACACACAGCGCAUCGUUUCCCGAGGAUGAUAAAGAUAGAAAGAGAGCGAGAGAGAUGAAGAGAUUGGGGGAGGAGGUGGGGAAUUGGAAAGAUAGAGAUUAACGGAUUAUUAAUAAAUCACUAUCGCUACAACUAGAUCCUAAGUGGUGCGACUGCGGCUCUGUGUGCGCGCGCGCACACACAGGAAGAGGGUGUGUGCGUGUGUAUGUGUGUGCGCGCGCGCGAUGUGUGCCGUCGUGUUAAGCACAUUCAUAUGAUUAUACAUAUAAAUAUAAUAUACAUAUAAUUAUAAUGAUAUAUUAAUAAUAAUAUUAAAUAAUAAUAAUAAAUAGUGCUUUAUACUAGGCUUGAAAACUUGAGAAACCAUUUUGUACUCAUUGUAAUAUUACUGCGCUAACCGAAAUGAGAAACACUCACACGAGACAUAUAGUCUAACGGAAUAUGAUAAUGUGACGCUUCUGUGAUGACUUUAAUUAUUUGUCAAAAUGUGUAGCGUUUAAGUGCGGGCGUGAGAGAGCGACAGAGCGAAUGGAACCGAGUGCAUGUGCAUGUGUGAAAAAUACAGGAAAGAAAGAGAGAAAGAAAAAGACACUUUUGUUUCUUCAAGUUAGCACGGUUGUCGUGACCAGGCAAAAAGUUCGCUACACGUCGAGAAAUGUGUAUAUGUUGUAUACUAUCUGAAUUUGAAGUGGACUUCACCCCGAAAAUUUGGAGAGUAUAUAUAUAUAUACAUAUAUAUACGUAUAAAAAAACAAAUAUGUAGACGGCGGUAUAAUUUCGUUGGGAUCAAUUUCCGAUGCGCGGAAAUGAACUUUACGCCGAGUGCCGCGUUACGUCAGUCCGCGAAAACGCGCGGCCGUUAUUCUCGCGCGUUCGCAUCGUAGUCAGAAAAUUGAAAUUUUAGAAACCUAUCGAAAUUGCGCCGACUUCAAUCGCCAGUUUAUAUAUAAAAGAAAAACAAAAAAGAUCAAGCUGAAAAACACAAAUGAGAAUGAACGUUACGAUAUUUUUUGACGUUUAUAGGCGAGCUUUAAAAGCAAUCUGGCUUAAGUGACCUAUAGAUAAAUCUUUGAGCGUAUUUUGAUAUCGAUAAUAAUACAAAUUAGUUUGUCCUGCAGACUACCGCUUUCUCUACUUGUACGUGCAAGAAGCUAAAGAUAAAGAGGAGCCAAUGAUUUAGAAGUCUUGUGGAGCACGCGAGGAAACGUUUGGAUUGCAAAGAUUAGGGAGAACGCAUGGCAUGAGAAUACGAAUCCAACAUUUUUCCCGAGUCUAAUCUUAAGCGGAUUUAGAAGAAAAAAAAACGGAGAAUAAAGCUUAGUAAGAACUUAAGCCUUGGUCACAGUACCGCUGCAACCCAAGGAGCUAGAAACACGACAGAUUGUAACCGUAAUCAUAAUAUUCAUCAGCUUGCGUCUCAUAAUUCAGAUUAGUAAUUCCCAAGUUUGAGCGUUUCCUUCAUACGAUUUAUUUGAUUUGCUCAAUAUCGAUCAUAGCUGUUCGGAUAUAGAGAGAGAAUUAUCUUUUGAUUCUUUUCUGAAAUUAUUUUCUAAGUUUUCGUAGAUUUCAUGAUUUUCAAAAUCUAGGACUCGAGGAUUUUUAGCCCAAGAUUCUGAGUGAGCUUUUAUUGUUUGUAGAAUUCGUGACAAUUUACUCGGUCGUUUCCGUGUAUUAUAUUCAUCAUGUUACAGUUUUCAUAUGUCACUUUUAUUAACCCUUAUAAUACCUCGUGUACCAGUUGCAAUUCAUUUUGUUGCACUUUUUCGCGAGAACAAACUGCUGAUUUCGGUUAUUUUAUAUUUUGUUUCUUGGGAAUCUGAUCGUUCAUCAUUAACAGCGUGCAUUUAGUCUUAAUUACUACUUGGAUUAUGAGAUUUAAUUUAAUAAAUCCUUAAUUUUCUAAUGUAAUUAGAAAAUAUUUUUUUUUGGUAAGAAUUCAAAGUAAACAAAUUUGGAGUGUGCCAGCGAAAUGCUUGAUUUGCUUAUAUUCCGAAUCACACACCCUAUUGCAUUUUAUCUGCGUCUAAAGACAAGAAAGAACUUUCGCAAUUGCAUAGAUUUUUUCAGCAAGUUAUAUUGAUCAACAUUCGUCCUUUGCAAAACUUACUUAUCACGAUGACUUUGAUUGAUGAAUUUAUAUAUGAUUUAUAUAUAAGAGGGCUAAAUGUGCGUUACCGACAUUAUGUAAGGAAUUCUCACAAAACGCCUAAUUGCACCGAAUACUAAUUAAGCGUGGAAGCUGAUGAGCGUGAGGGCGGGGAAGAUGGAAUAAAGAAUGGGCGACGAGAAAUUUCCGGAGGAUUUUCAGGUGAAUCUCGAAGAAAAAUUUGUCUUGCCGUGUCGCGACGAGUGGUGGGUAACGUCUAUUUUUGCAUCAUUGUUGUGAUCCUUUGGAAAUUGUAUCAUCGUAUGUAAUGAUUGUAGGCGCUCCGCGACGUAUGUACGCCACUGUCCUCGACUUGCGUUGCGAUAUAUACCGGGUGACCUGCAGAAAGCACGCAGGAGUACUAAAUAUUUACUCCCGAUUGAGCCACAAUGUCGCGUUACAAGCGGAACCUCGUAUUCUUUCUUCGGGCCACUCUGUAUAAGUGUGUAUAGAUUUCUGUGCGAUGACGCAUAUAAUGUUAUAUAUGAUGGACCGAAAGUCGUUAUUCUUUUAAAAAUGAACAUAAUUCAGAGAAGUUUCAUGCCGUGAGUUCAAAAGGGACUCAAAAAAAAAAUUAAUAAAUAAAGAGUUAACAAAUUUAAAAGAGAAAGAAAUUUUUCGAGAAUCGCAGUUGCUUUAUUCAUAAUAAUUAUCUAUUUUAUUACAGACCUAGAUAUUAUGUUUUGAACAUAUAACUUGCUGUUACUUUUAGAUUAUUUUCUUAACAUAUAAAUUGUUAGAUAUAAAUUAUAUUAUGUAUAUAAUGAUAUAUUAUCAUAUAUGAUAAUAUAUUAUAUGUGACUCAUAUCAGAGUAGACGUAAUUACGCCAUAAUAACGUUUCUCCUCGGGACAUAAAAAUCAUCAUACAUUAAAAGCCUGAAAUUACCGUAAUUACGUGACUUUCGGUCCACCUGGUAUAGCGGAUGUGUCCUCGCAGGCUUCGGUAUCGUCUCUCAUGGUGAAUGCGCGGAAAAGAGAGUUUAAUUAAACGAAAUAUAUAUAUAAAUAUAUAUGCGAGCGGAGGGAGAGGAUUAUUGUGUCGCGAUAUUACUAAUCGCGUCUUGCAUUGGCUGCCUUCGAUAUACUUCUUUCGGUUUUCUGUUCGAGGUAAUGUGUGUCAAAUGAGAACUCGAUUGUGUGUGAAGUAAAAGGCCAUACCUACACGCA